AUGACAACUAAAGUGGCGUUUCUAGGUCCAGAGGGUACCUACACUCAUCAAGUAUGUUCAGCGAGAGAAGUUGCUAUACGAAUAUUAAGUACUAACUCAGAGUUUCAGGCUGUUUUACAACAAUUUGGAACCGACAAUGUUGAAAUAUCUCCACAACAAUCCAUCGGGGACUGCUUUCAAGCAAUCAGCUCACACUCGGUUGACUUUGCUGUAAUCCCCUUUGAGAAUUCCACAAACGGACAAGUUGUAUUCACAUAUGACCUACUUCGAGAUUGGUUCCUCAAUGAAGAGCAGCAAUGCAAGUUCAGAAUCGUGGGUGAACAAUUCGUUUCAAUACAUCAUAACUUAUUGAGCAAUGGGAAACUACAAGAAAUUAACACUAUAUAUUCUCACCCACAGGUGUGGACCCAAGUUGGAGGAUACCUAUCUACAUUGCCGAAAAGCAUCACCAGAAUUGAUGUAGGGUCUACUUCGAAAGCGGCUGAGUUGGUUAGCCAAGACAAAACAAACAAGUCGGCAGCCAUCUCGUCGUUAAUGAGUUCUAAACUCUACAAUUUACCAAUUCUCAAAGCAAACAUAGAGGAUAAUGUGAACAAUACUACAAGAUUUUUGAUUUUGGGGUACAAUGAACCACCUGCAACCGACACAAACGAUCAAGAGGUACAGAAAGUAACAUCGGUCAUGUUUACCCUUCCGAAUGAUGACCCUGGUGCAUUAUGUGACGUGCUAGUACAGUUCAAGGAGAAUGGAAUCAACUUGACAUCGAUUAGCUCAAGACCUGCAAAUUUGAAACCAUGGCAAUAUGUGUUUUUCGUCGAAACUUUAGGCAAAAUAAACGCUGACGUUUUAAAAAAGAUACAAAGGUUGUGUCGAGAUAUUGAAAUUUUGGGUGAAUUCAAUCGAAACUGGCGGUUCAAUCAACAUCAGUAA